AUGAUGGCUAGUGAAGGAUCUAGGAGAAAUGGUCAUAUGAAGAUUCGACUUACAGUGCUGUGUGCAAAGAAUUUAUGCAAGAAGGAAUUCUUCCGUUUGCCCGAUCCCUUUGCAAAGAUUGCUGUUGAUGGGUCCGGCCAGUGUCACUCUACAGAUGUCUGCAAGAACACCCUCGACCCCAAAUGGAAUCAGUACUAUGACUUGUACAUGGGACAGAAAGAUUCCAUCAUCAUCAGUGUGUGGAACCACAAGAAGAUUCACAAGAAGCAGGGAGCUGGUUUCCUUGGCUGCAUCAGGAUCAUGUCCAAUGCUGUGCAACAGCUCAAAGAUACUGGAUUUCAAAGACUUGACCUGCAGCGGCAGAAUCCAGAAGACACGGAUGCAGUCCGCGGGCAGAUUGUCAUCAGCCUUAUAUCACGUGACAGAGGAACUCCUGUGACCAGUCCUGCGGGAACUGGAAUGCACUCUCCGUCCAUACCAUAUGAUCCUAACGAGCUGCCAGAGGGGUGGGAAGAGCGACGGACAGCCAAUGGACGCUUACAUUAUAUCAAUCACAUGACAAGAACCACACAAUGGGAGCGACCUAUAAGACCAGCGGCAGAGACCUGCAGACCCUUGAGCAUAGUUAGUCCAGUUUCCAGUGUCUCAUCCAACAACCGCGACAACAGCCACCUGUCUGGUAACAGCAUCAACAUCAGCCACAGCAACAGAAAUAGCAUCAGCAAUGGGAGUGGUCCAAGUGGUGAUACUGUCGGUGGUAGUCUUGUAGGGGAGAGCAGCAGUGUGCAGUCCACACCAGGAGUGCAGGAGUUUGCUAGGAGACGAUCCACUCGCCACAGACAUUAUGUCAGCCGGGCCCAGUUACAUGAUGCUGUCGAAUUACCCGAUGGAUAUGAGCAGCGCACAACACACCAAGGUCAAGUCUAUUUCCUGCACACAAUAACGGGAGUGAGUACCUGGCACGACCCACGAGUUCCCAGACAGCUGGAGUUGCAAGCUGAAGACCUUGGCCCACUUCCUGAAGGCUGGGAGGUCAGGAGAACCACCAGUGGGCGGAUAUACUUUGUAGAUCACAACAACCGCACAACUCAGUUCACAGAUCCACGUCUGUCACAGAAUCUACAUUUGUUACAGGACAGACUGAGAAGUCCCUGCCCAGACAAGGAGAAUGAACAGCCCAACCUGCCCAAGUGUAAGCGUGACCUGGUGCAGAAGAUGAAAGUUCUCAAGCAUGAGAUCAGCUCGCUACAGCCACAGGCAGGUCACUGCAGGCUGGAGAUCAGCAGGGAGGAGGUCUUUGAGGACUCUUACCGGCAAGUCAUGAAGAUGAGGUCAAAGGAUUUGCGCAAACGUUUAAUGGUGAAGUUUCAUGGAGAGGAAGGACUCGACUAUGGCGGUGUUGCCAGGGAAUGGUUCUAUUUGUUGUCUCAUGAGAUGUUGAACCCCUACUAUGGCCUCUUCCAGUACUCCAGGGAUGACAUCUAUACCUUACAGAUCAAUCCCGACUCAGGAGUCAACCCAGAACACCUGUCUUACUUCCAUUUCGUGGGCCGCAUUAUCGGUUUGGCCAUCUUUCACAGUCAUUACCUGGACGGUGGUUUUACCAUGCCGUUCUAUAAACAGCUUCUGGGAAAGCCUGUCAACCUUGAUGAUCUGGAGAGUGUUGACCCUCAUUUACAUCGCAGCCUUUGUUGGAUGUUGGUAAACAAUAUAGAGAAUGUGCUGGACCACACUUUCGCUGUAGAGCACCAUUCAUUUGGCUGUGUCCAGGAGUAUGAGCUAAAGCCUGGAGGAAGGGACGUUAGCGUCACCGAGGACAACAAACGAGAAUAUGUCAAACUUUAUGUGCAGUGGAGGUUCAUGCGAGGCAUAGAAGCACAGUUCUUGUCAUUACAGAAGGGCUUCAGUGAAAUCAUUCCACAGCACAUGUUGCGAGCUUUUGAUGAGAGAGAGCUGGAGCUGAUGAUUGGCGGUCUGGGAAAGAUUGAUAUUGAGGACUGGAAGCGACACACCCGACUCAAACACUGCACGGCCGAAAGCAACAUGGUCAGGUGGUUCUGGAGGGCAGUGGAGAACUUUGAUGAUGAAAUGAGAGCCAGGCUGUUGCAGUUUGUCACCGGCAGCUCUCGGGUUCCUCUGCUGGGGUUUAAAGCUUUACAAGGGUCUACAGGAGCUGCAGGUCCUCGGCUGUUCACUAUUCACCAAGUUGACACCAGCACGGACAACUUACCCAAAGCUCACACCUGUUUUAACCGGCUGGAUGUGCCACCCUAUGAAACCUACGAGAAAUUCCUGUCCAAGCUGACAUGUGCAGUGGAAGAAACUUGUGGAUUUGCUGUGGAAUGA